ACAGAAAUCUAUGUUUUUGAGGGCAAAUCGGUUAAGGAAUUGUGGACAUGAUGUAAAGCCUGUUAUACACGAUUUUUUUCAUUUUUCUCCGUUACAGAAAAGAGACAAAGUAAUUUGUGCGAAAAAAUGACGCAUGCUUAAUUUUUCGGUACAGAUUUCGUUCAGUUUGACUACCGCGCUCCCGGCGUCGCUUUUCAGAACUUUCUCUGGUUUGUCAUACGUUUGGUGCGAUUUGUUCAUUUGUAUGUGUUCCGUGUAUGAGUAUAGAGAUUGCCUGUAAUGUGUUUAUAGUUUUCAAUAAUUGCAGUGAAAAAAACAUUUUGCUUUCAAUUACUAAUACAUACGCCAAAAAUGGCGAAGGCAAUUCAUAAGUUAAUUCUUUUAUCUGGACUUUUAUCCUUGUUUCAUGCUGCAUAUUCCGCAGCUCAGCAUCGAUCUUACCUUCGAAUUACAGAACAAGAAUUUGUUUCUUUACCCAUUGAUAUUCUAACACAAGGUAUUGUAAGCCUGUUCAUAACAUUAUAUGGAGUUAUGAAUAUUGCUGGUGAUUUCAAGGAAAUACGUGCAACUGUGGAUUUGGAAAAUAAGUCGUGGGAAACCCUGAGAAACAUUCCGUCAUUUUAUGUUUUUAAUCACAGAGGAAAAGCCUUGUCUCCAAAUUACAUUCCUCCCUCUGAUGAAAUGGAUUGAUGAUGAAAUUGUUAUUUAGUUACUUGUUUGGAGUUGUUAUAAUUUGCAGAUGAUUUGUUUUGACCCUUGAUUUUUGUUCAGUAUUUUAUAGAAUAUCUAUGUUGACAUGUUUAUUUAUGAAACUUUCAUGUUGUGUAAAUCUGUAAAGUUUGUGAAGGUUUGUGCUGUAUAUGCAGUUUUUAUUGUUGCCAAUUAGGGCAGUGAGUUAUAUUAUAAAAGAAACAGUUCUCUUAAACUGGUGGACAAUUUGCCUAAUGAAUUUGUAGUUCUGUAAAUGAGAUCAAAAUAGGCUGUGAAUAGAAAAGUGUUAAUCAGCUUUACAAAUUGUAGUAUAUUAAGCAGGAAUGAAUGUGUAAAUACAAUUCAAUUGAAAUAAAAAUUUGUGUUUGUGAAGCAACAAUUUGUCAUUUUUUGAAAUGUGAGUAGUUUUAUUAAUUCACUUUUUGAGAAUUCAUAAAAAAAUACCAGAAUGAAUAAGUUUUUAGUAACUUAAAUAUUUAAGUGUUACAUUAUAGAGGAUUUGGGAUUUUGAGGUCUAAUAAUACUGAAUUGGAACAUAUUUAAUUACCUUUUUUUUCUUGUAAAAAAAGAAAAACCUUAAAAUUUAAUGAAUAAAUUGUUCUCCAUCAUUCAUGAAGAAGAAAAAAACAGUACAUUUAAAUAUGCACAACUGUUAUUGUUUCAAUGUUUUGAUGAUCUGCACAGUUAUAUUUUUCAUUAAUAUUUCUUAUACUAAAUUGUGUAGAACAUAGAACAUUUUAUGUUAUAUUGUAAAACAGAAAACUCAGUAAAUGAAAAUGCUGACUGAAAAUGUACAUUCACAAUUGCUUAGGUAGUACAGAGCUGUUAAUUUUCGAGGUCAAAAAGAAUUGAGUUAUCCGAGUUCACAUUCAACACAUAGAUAAUGCUUUAUAAGUCCAGAUGAGAAAACUAGAUUUACAUUCAUUUUCUUAAAGAGGCCAGUCACAUUUGAUCUUACCAAAACACUUUCUUUUAUCUUUAGAAAGAAAUGCAAAUUAGUUUAACAUCCUCCACUACAUUAGUUUUAUGGGGAAAUGGCAAUAUAGUAUUAAAAUAAAAUAAUUAACAAUAUUUUGUUUAUUGAUCAUUAGAGAUGUCUUAGGUUUUAUCUAAAGCACAUUGACAGGUAAUUUUUGUCUCGGUUUAUUACAUUUAGAAGUCACAAAACAAUUGCCAAAUAGACUUUUUAUUAACAAAUUUAAAACUAACAAUCCUUUUAUAACAAAAUGUUCUUUCACACAUUUUACAAUAGAAUUCACUAAACUUCGAUCAAGAUUUUGCCAAUAACAAUUGCAAUGCUGUACAAAGUUCACCAGUAUCGAGAGCUAACAAAGCUUCUCAAAAGAAUUCUCCAUUUUGUGUCACAAUUCUGAUCUUAAAUCUGUUAAACACUACCCAACAUUCAUGGAUCAUCCGCUAUUAGUAAUACUGUUCAUGAAGCUACAGCAUUUAUCUGUACGACUUCUAAUAAGUGUGUUCUAAACACUAUAUUUCUGAGAAACAUAUGCUUGAAGCAGUCACAUUCUUGACUAGAAUCUAAUUUUCUUUUAAUGAUACACAAAGAAAAACCUUACUACAGUAUCAUUAAUUAUAGUAACCAUUUCAGUAGUUCUCAAAAUGAUAAGAUAUUAACAUUUGCUGAGCAGUCACAACACAUUUUAGAGCAUGAAAUAAUCAGGUAUACUAAAUAGAUUUUGCAGCUUCAAUAAUUAAAGAUUCUUUUCUUUAUUUUUUUUUUAGAAUAUCUUAGCUGGCUAAGAGCAAUGGUGGACUAACUGAAGUCUGUUACAAGAGCGAAGUGGUCUAAAUGCUAUGAAUCAUUAGUGAGACCACUCUUGCCCUCACAAUUUCAAAUAGUGUCAGCUCAAAAUUGAAGGUACAAAAUCAAAAAUACAAUGUUUUUAAAUAUAAAAUAAAUGUUCUGAGAAAGUAGCACUAUUUAUGUUAAGAAUAUUAAUGUGCAAUUCUUAUUAGAUUUUCCGUUAUAAACCCUUGAGAGAUCUUUAUACCGUAAAUUUCACCUCUUAUGUUAACACUGCUUAAGCAAUGAAUGAAGUUUUAUCUCAAAAAAUAUACGCUACACAGAAAUUGUAAUUUAGCAUGAAAGAGCAAGUGAUCACAAUUAGCAUUCACUGUAGGUGCAGUAAAUGAUAAAGGACAUCAUUUUGUAUACACAUUUUGAAUAUUCAUCAAUUACAUCAAUGUAACACUAAAAUCAUCCUCAAAACGCUAAGGUAUAAUUACUAUUUCGAUUUUUUUUUUCUUUUUACUUUUUUAAUAUUU